UCGAAUGUAUACCGUUACGUAAUUGACGAGGUCAUCAGUCAAGUGCGUGGUGAGUUUGAAGACAUGGGCAUUGACGAGGCGGUUUUGCAAGAAUUACAACGGUCUUGGGAAGCCAAGGUAGCUCGGUCACGAGUAGCAAACUUUGGUUUCAGCGAUGAGGCAUAUUAUGAUGAAGACGGGGAGGAGCAACACAAUAUAAAUAUGGCAGCUGGAGGUGACAACGCACAACUUCAGUACCCUACCCCUUACGCACAAGGCGCUACAGCAAGCUUGCCUGCUUUAGCUGCUGGUGGUAUUCGGCAACAACUUCCUCAACAACAGCAGCAGCAGCCGCAAAUGUCUCAACCGCAACAAUCACAACUAACACAACAGCAAGCUGACUCGUACAAUCCAUCCACGUUAAACGCGAAUGGCCAACAGCAGCAACAGCAGUAUACUUUGAUGCAACCCAACACAACCCAAGCACAACAAACAAAAUCCACUAAUGCUAACACCCAGGAUAUCCAGCUGCCUGGUGGUGGUGGUGGUGCUGCUGCUGCUAACAAUUCACGACCCAAUAUCCCUCAAAAUGAUGGCUCAGCCGAUGCAGAUAUGACUACUGAGCAAAUCGAUGCACAGAUCGCCGAUAUGUGCAAGAACGCUGACGCGUCCAGCUUGUCAUUCACAGCCACUUCUUCCGCAGGAAACUCCAUACCACUGAACGCUUUACCUGACGAUGUUAAAGUCCUUAUGCGUGACGCACGGGAUCGUGCUGUGAAAGCCGGUGCCAUCAAGCCAAACACACGGAUUCCGCAACUUGACGGUGAAGGCGACACAGGGGAUGACGAUAUUAAUUCCGAUCUUGACGAUUCAGAUGAUGCUGAUGAUGACGCUGAUGGUGGAGAGGAAAUCGAGCAUAUCAUUCUGUGCUUGUAUGAUAAGGUCACUCGUACAAAGAACAAGUGGAAGUGUGUGUUGAAGGAUGGCAUCAUGCUUGUAAACGGAAGAGACUAUUUGUUCCACCGUGCCAGCGGCGACUUUGAAUGGUAAUAGCAUCACAAAGAAAAACGACGUUUGAUUCAAGGAAGUGACGAGAAUGAAGGGAAGGAUCAUGACGCUGCUCCCUUUGAAACGAAAAACACCACCAAAAUCUCUAUGUAUUCCUGUAUACAAUUUCGUACUCUUGUUCUCUCUCUCAAGAUUAGCAUAAUAAUCAACUUUUAUCUACCUCAACAAACAAACAAUUAACCAAUCUCCCAUUUGCUCUUCGUAUAUAUAAACACAAAUACUACACUCUGUUAAAAACCGCAUAUAAAAUGUUCAUGUUACUAUGUGACACAACGUAUACAUAGCAACGGCAAAGCACGGGGCAACAAUCUAAAGAACUUAAGCUUCUCUUUUACAAGAACAAGGCCACCAGAUAUAAAAUCCAAUAAUG